AUGAGGAAUCUGAAGACGACCGCAUACCGUCAAACUGAGCUGAGAGCGGACUUGCCGUUGACAGCAACAGCAUGGGACACUGUUAGCAAUACCAUAAUUUGCGCCUUUGGGCCUACAUCCACACAACCAGUCAUCGAGCUGAAGCGAAGAAGCACUACAAUUUCCGAUGAAGGAGAAUUUUCUAACAUUACCUCCUGGGACGCUCCUUGCCCUCUGCCGGAACUGGAAUGUGAUGAGAUUCUUCUGCUCCAACACUUCGCUGAUAUUGCCACAUCUUGCCUUGUCUUGGCUGGUGGAGAUGUCGUGGUUGUCCGUGAAGACCCUCUACCAGACCAAGAAAAGAUCGAAAUUGUAGGCAGUGUGGAUGUUGGAAUAUGUGCUGCUGCUUGGGCUCCAGACGAGGAGUUACUUGCGAUUGUCACGCGAUCAGAUACGCUCGUUCUGAUGAGCAGGACUUUCGAGCCACUCAACGAAGCAAGCUUUUCGGAAGAAGAUUUGAAAGUCUCGAAGCAAGUCUCUGUAGGAUGGGGUCAGAAGGAAACCCAGUUCCAAGGAAGACGUGCCAAAGCUAUGAGAGACCCUACCGUGCCUGAAACCGUUGACCAAGGGAAGGCGAGCCCUUACGAGGACAGUGCAGUCACAGUCAGUUGGCGAGGUGAUGGCCAAUUCGUCGCUAUCAACAGCGUUGUGCCUAAUCAUCGCCGAGUCAUCAGAGUCUUCUCCCGCGAGGCUGUGCUUGACAGUGUAUCUGAGGCAGUGGAUGGUCUUGAGUCUGCACUGAGCUGGAGACCAUCGGGAAACCUCAUUGCUGGAAUCAAGCGGUUAGAGAAUAGGAUUCAAGUUGUUUUCUUUGAGAGAAACGGGCUUCGACAUGGGCAAUUCGACCUCAGAGCGUCAAAAGAAGAGAUGGACGACUGGGCUUCAAGCAUAUCACUUUCGUGGAAUACAGACUCGAGUGUCCUGGCUGUGUCAUUCAAGGAUCGAGUACAAUUUUGGACUAUGGGCAAUUAUCACUAUUAUCUCAAGCAAGAAUUCCCGCUCAAAUCGGUUCUCGGGAAGGCUCUCCUCAGAUGGCACCCUGAAACACCACUUCGGAUCACUUUGGGGAGAUCUGAGUAUUUGUUGGACAUCAGCUUUCUACCCAUGGUAGCCCGAGGAAGCACGGUUCCCCCAAACGACGACGGUAUUGUCGCAGUCAUCGAUGGCAAGUCGUUGAAACUCACACCACUCAAGCAAGCUUGUGUACCUCCGCCAAUGUCGUUCUGCGAUGUGUCUUUCGACUUCAACAUCACAGACUGCUCUGUCAGUCAAGACGGUCAGAGAAUUGCUGUCCUGACCACACAUACGCUUGAGUUAUGCCGAUGGACUACUCGAAAGGCAAAUAACGGUGCCAUGCGAUUUACCACGUCUGCGCAACGACAGUCCACACCACUGCCGUCUUCUGAAGCGUCGCCGAAUGCCAUUCGAUACACUCAGGUGGCCGAGAAAGACAGCGAGGUACACAUCCUCGCUCCAGGCCAGAACGGCGUGCCAGCGGCAUGCUUAAAGGUUGCCUGGUCCGAAGCCCUCUUGGCCAGCGACUUCGAAGGCAUAGUUAUACCUCCUGGAAGCGAUAAUCUUCUUACCGACGUCCUCCAUGAGUCUGUAGCAUGCACAAGUUCGGGUUUGGACGCUACAUUCUUGCUGCCAUACUCCCCAGAUACUGGGACAACCAGACUCAAAGGCAGCCAGCCCAACAGCACCCUUUUUACACUUCCCAGCACCCACAUCAGCCAUCUGAAUGGAAACGUCAACGGCCAUAGGGCUCAAUACCACAAAGUUUCUCUAUCUCCCAAAGGAAAUCUCUUCAUCGACGACAUCCUUCUCGUCCGAGAAUGUACUUCGUAUGUUCUCACAUCCGCACACCUCAUCUUUACAACCUCCCAACACCUUCUGAAAUUCGUCCACCUUACAACUCCCUCUGAAAUGCAAGUUCCUGGCGAUACUCCUGAAGUCGACGAACGAUGCCGGAGUGUUGAACGCAGUGCGAAAAUUGUCACAGUCAUCCCCUCAAUCUACGCCGUGGUCCUUCAAAUGCCGCGAGGAAACAUCGAGACGAUAUACCCUCGCCUGCUCGUACUAUCCGGCAUACGGCACCACCUCAAGCAGCGAGACUACCUGUCAGCCUUCCUAGCUUGCCAGACGCACCAAGUAGACAUGAACAUCCUGCACGACUACAAUCCCGAGACUUUCGUCUCCGACGUCCCCAAGUUCAUUGAUCAACUCAAGAAGCCCGGCCGCGUCGAUGAAUUCCUUUCCAAACUCAAAGAUGAAGACGUGACCCAAACUCUCUACCGGGACACUCUGAACGCGCGGGAUCAGUCGUCCGCGCAAAAAGACCCUUCCAAACCGGGCACCAAAGUCAACCUCAUCGCCGACUCCUUCCUCUCCUCCCUGUCCUCUCGCCCUUCCACUUAUUCCCAGAACAUAAUAACAGCGCACGUCUCGAAAAGCCCGCCCGACCUGGACGCGGCCCUGACGCUAAUCUCUACGCUCCUCGCAUCUUCGCCUGAAGAAGCUGAAGCCGCCAUCUCACACCUGGUCUUUCUCACCGACAGCAACCGACUCUUCGACGCUGCACUCUCCCUCUACGACCUGGACCUUGCCCUUCUCGUCGCGCAAACCGCCCAGCGCGACCCGCGUGAGUACAUGCCAUUCCUGCAAUCCCUACAUGCCCUACCUUUACUCCGCAGGAGGUACAUGAUCGACAACCACCUGCGCAAGUACCCCCGGGCCCUGGUAUCCCUGCACGCCCUGAGUGCGCACGACGAAGUAGAGUCCUACACCGUUAGACAUUCCCUGUACACCACCACGCUCGAUCUGUACAAAUUCGACAAACCACACCUUGAGACCAUGACGCGCCUGUACGCCCAGCACCUAUCAUCCCAAUCCCACCACGCAUCUGCCGCGACACUUUUCGAAUCCCUGGGCGACUAUAGCCAAGCAUACCCCCUUUACGCCCUGGCGCACCGGUGGCGCGAAGCCAUGACCUGCGCAUCACUUAUCCCGCUGGAUUCUGAUCGACUUGCCACCCUCGCAACGAGUCUGGCGACCACAUGCGCCGACGAGUCCCGCGACUACCGGUCCGCAGCAACCAUACACGCCGAGUACCUCGAUGACAUCCCCAACGCAGCACGCCUGCUCUGUCGCGGCUCCUAUUUCGCGGACGCCACGCGCAUUCUCGCACUACGAGGCCUCGGUGCCGAGAUCCCAGCCAUCAUCGACUCCGCUCUAACCGAGAAGUUUGGCGAAAUUCUCGAACUCAUCGCCGACUGCAAGAGCCAACUUGCGUCGCAAGUCCCUCGGAUCGCGGAUCUACGGCGCAAGAAGGAAGAAGACCCGCUCGCUUUCUAUGGUGGCGAUCCGUCCCUUGUUGACCCCAAUGCCGCCGAUAUUCCAGAUAAUAUCUCGUUAGCAGCGACGGACGCCAGCACGCUCGGCGGACAGUCCUUGUUCACCCGCUACGGUAGUAACGCGAGUAAGUUCGGCGGCACGGUCGCGAGUGAUGUCUCACGCAAGACGAGUAAGACGAAGCGCCGAGAGGAACGCAAGCGCGCCAGGGGCAAAAAGGGCAGCGUCUACGAGGAAGAAUAUCUCGUUGCUAGUGUGGGCAGACUGGUUGAACGAGUGAACGGGGUCCAUGACGAGGUUGGGAGACUGAUCAGUGGGUUGUUACGGCGCGGGAUGCGCGAACAAGCGACCAAGGUCGAUGAGGUGGUCAAGGAGAUUUGCGAGGCGUGCAAGAAGGCGACGGGUGAAGUGUGGCAGGUCCCGCAAAGCCAGGGUCAAGGGCAGGCAGCAGAGAGUAGCAGUUAUGAUGUUAAUGGUGAGGGUCGGCCGCCUGGGGCUGAUGGUGUGUUUUGGGAAAGUCAGCAGGGUUCGCAGCAGAAGGAGGCACCCGAAGUCAAGGUGUGGGCUACGAAUGAGCUUGUAACACCAUAG